ACCCCCGGCGUGGGUGAUCCUGAGGCUCGGCGCGCUUCGGGGCAGAAGCCCGGAGACGCCGUCGUCGACGUCGCUACCGCUGGCGCUUCAGCCGCCUCUCGUGGCCCCGGAGCCCCUUCUCCCGCCAGUGGCCCCAAGUCGGCCCUCCAGCCCAGCCCCGCCGGGCGCUGUGACGCUCUGGCGUUGCAAGGCAGGCGUUGCAAGGCCGGCCCCGACGCCGUGCCGCCCCGCGCCUAGCCGCGCUGCACCGUCUUCUUCCCCAGGACUGGUUCCAAGGGGGUCGCAGGCGCGCAGACUCGGCCCCCCGCCUGAGCGACCCCUUGUAGACGUGCGAGGAACCUGCGGAGUGCCGUCCCGGCGCCCGCCAGCCCACCGAUCGGCCCGCCGGCCCCCUUCUUCCUGAUGCAGACUGCCGUCCACUAGAGGCUGGACAGGACCCCCGAGCAUCCAGGGUAUGGAUUGUGAGCAAGUUGGUUUUGUUUCACGUGUUCAUUUGUGAUUCAUGGCAGGGGACGUGGAAGGAUUCUGUUCCUCCAUCCAUGACACCAGUGUCUCUGCUGGGUUCAGAGCACUGUAUGAAGAGGGAUUGCUUCUUGAUGUCACUCUGGUUAUUGAAGAUCAUCAGUUCCAGGCCCAUAAAGCACUUUUGGCCACCCAGAGUGAUUACUUCAGAAUUAUGUUUACUGCAGACAUGAGAGAACGAGAUCAGGACAAAAUUCAUUUAAAAGGUCUAACUGCUACUGGCUUCAGCCAUGUCCUUCAAUUUAUGUACUAUGGAACUAUAGAACUGAGUAUGAAUACUGUUCAUGAGAUUCUUCAGGCUGCCAUGUAUGUUCAACUUAUAGAAGUGGUGAAGUUCUGCUGCUCUUUUCUAUUAGCGAAAAUCUGCUUAGAAAAUUGUGCAGAAAUUAUGAGACUCUUAGAUGAUUUUGGUGUAAACAUCGAGGGAGUCAGGGAGAAGCUGGAUGCCUUUCUCCUAGACAACUUUGUGCCACUCAUGUCCAGGCCUGACUUCUUGUCCUAUCUGAGCUUUGAGAAGCUCAUGUCUUAUUUGGAUAAUGAUCAUCUGAGCAGGUUCCCAGAGAUAGAGCUGUACGAGGCUGUGCAGUCUUGGCUGCGGCAUGACAGAAGACGCUGGAGACAUACCGAUACCAUCAUUCAGAACAUCAGGUUUUGUUUGAUGACCCCAUCCAGUGUUUUUGAGAAGGUUAAAACAUCAGAAUUUUAUAGAUACUCCCGACAGCUGCGCUAUGAAGUUGACCAAGCAUUGAAUUACUUUCAGAAUGUACAUCAGCAGCCUUUGUUGGACAUGAAAUCAAGCCGCAUUCGUUCUGCCAAACCCCAAACUACAGUAUUCCGAGGAAUGAUUGGACAUAGCAUGGUUAACAGUAAAAUACUUCUCUUAAAGAAACCAAGAGUCUGGUGGGAACUGGAGGGCCCACAAGUACCUCUUCGGCCAGACUGCCUUGCUAUCAUCAAUAACUUUGUGUUCCUGUUGGGUGGGGAAGAACUGGGCCCGGAUGGCGAAUUCCAUGCCUCUUCCAAAGUGUUCAGGUAUGACCCAAGACAGAAUUCUUGGCUGCGAAUGGCAGACAUGUCUGUACCACGUUCAGAAUUUGCAGUUGGUGUUAUUGGGAAGUUCAUUUACGCCGUAGCAGGCAGAACCAGAGAUGAGACUUUCUAUUCAACAGAGAGAUACGACAUCACCAAUGAUAAGUGGGAAUUUGUGGACCCUUAUCCAGUUAACAAAUAUGGACAUGAGGGAACAGUGCUCAAUAACAAGUUGUUUAUCACUGGUGGAAUCACCUCAUCUUCCACCUCUAAACAAGUGUGUGUAUUUGACCCCAGUAAAGAAGGGACCAUAGAACAACGGACCAGGAGAACUCAAGUAGUUACCAACUGCUGGGAAAAUAAGAGCAAGAUGAAUUACGCAAGAUGCUUUCACAAGAUGAUUUCUUACAAUGGCAAGCUUUACGUCUUUGGUGGCGUCUGUGUGAUCUUGAGGGCCUCUUUUGAAUCUCAGGGCUGCCCUUCCACAGAAGUGUACAACCCAGAGACUGAUCAGUGGACCAUCUUGGCAUCCAUGCCGAUUGGUAGAAGUGGCCAUGGUGUGACUGUGCUGGACAAACAAAUAAUGGUUCUUGGAGGCCUUUGUUAUAACGGUCAUUACAGCGAUUCCAUUCUCACUUUCGAUCCAGAUGAAAACAAAUGGAAGGAAGAUGAGUACCCUCGGAUGCCCUGCAAGCUGGAUGGUUUACAAGUAUGCAACCUGCAUUUUCCGGACUAUGUACUAGAUGAGGUCAGGCGUUGCAACUAAAUGACAUCUUUUUCCCUCAGAAAAAAAGAGGAAACAAAACAUUUGUUUGUGAUAAAGUAGUUAAGUAAAAAAACAUAAAGAAAAACCUCACCAGUUUUACUAUCAAAGCCAUUGGUCUAAUAGCAUAAGAAUUUUUCACUCUGUGCUAGCAUCCCUUUUUUUGUUUUCAGUGGCCUCAAACUCAUGCAAUAAGUUAAUUCUAAGUGCUAGCUCUUGAAACUACUUCCAGAAGUAGUUUAAUAGAAUGCUCCACUUAUCUGGGAAGUUGAUUUUCUGCUUUAAACAUUUCUUUCAGAUGUUAGCAUAGGAGUCCUGCAUCUUCUAAGAGAAGACCCAAUAAGUGUCACUGGAUGUGAUUUCAGUUCCUAUCUCUAUCUGAAAGCUUUUUGAACAUUAAUUUCCGUGUUUCAGUCUGUUAUAUGUUUUGGUUUUAUUAUUUAAAAGUUUAAAGUUCUUGACCUUUUUGCAUGGCUUUUU